UUGUUUAUUCUCAAAAUCCAAACUACCAGCAUCAUCACCAACUUUACAAAAGAGCCAUUUUUGUGGUUCUUUUUUGAAGGAUUCAAGAGUGUGAUUCUUUAUAGAUAAAAUAUUUUGCAUACAUAUGUAUGUAAAGUUUGUUUGUCGUAUAAACGUGCCUUUAAUGUCCCUUUCUCUUAACUUCUAGCACUUUUCUCCACCUUGUUCCAAUUUGUUGGAAAUUAAUUUACAGAUUGAUCAUUUAUGAGGUUCAUUGAUUUGUAAGGAGAAAAAAAACAAGGGGAAACUUUUUUUAGCCCAGGGCUUGAUUUUUGCUCAAAAAAGUUGAGAAUGAAAUUGAAAGAUUUUGCCUUUGAUGAAUCUAGAGAUGUAUGAUUCUCACAUUUGGCUUCAGAUUGAUAGAGUUUCCCUUUUGGUUUCUGAAUCUCUCUUGGUGUCUAAAAAUUUGAUUGUUGAUUUGGGUGUUUGAGGGAAAGAAAAUAAGGGAUUUUUCAUGAAGAUUAGCAUAUGCCAGGGUCCUUAAUUUGUCCUAAAAAUAAAUUAUUGAGUAGUUGAAAGAAAUGAUCCAAAUGGAGUAGAACGGUUAUUGAGGAUACAUAUAGACGACCUGAAUAAUUUGGAAUUGAGACGUAGUUCUUGUUGUUGCAUUGGCUUAACGCAUAUUGAGGAUUCAUAUAGCUGAUUCCAACUAAUUUGGAGUUGAGACGUUGCUGUUGUUGUUGUAAAGACAAAAGAGUGGUGAAAGGGGAAUUUUUGGCAAUUGUAUAGGAUGGAAGCGCCGGCACCUAAGCCGGUGGCGCCCCGGAAGAAGAUGACAAAACAAUUAACAGGGAAAAGGGAUGACAGUUCCAUGCAUGCAGCAGCUAGAGCUGGAAAUAUUGUUGCAAUAAGAGAGAUUCUUGUAAAGACUGAGGAGGAAGAAUUGGCAGAGUUGAUAAUAAAGCAAAAUUCAGCUGGGGAAACUGCAUUAUAUGUUGCAGCAGAAUAUGGUUAUUAUCAGUUGGUUAGGGAGAUGAUCUAUUACUAUGAUCUUGUUGCUGCUGGAAUAAAAGCGAGGAACGGCUAUGAUGCUUUGCACAUUGCUGCCAAACAAGGAGAUUUAGAUGUGGUGAAGGUAUUGAUGGAAGCACAUCCAGAGCUCUCAAUGACCGUCGAUGUUUCAAAUACUACAGCUUUGCAUACAGCAGCAAACCAAGGGCAUAUAGAGGUGGUGAAUUAUCUAUUGGAGGCAGAGAGCAGUUUAGCCACCAUAGCUAAAAGUAAUGGAAAAACGGCGUUGCACUCUGCUGCAAGAAAUGGACAUGUGCAGGUUUUGAAGGCGCUAUUGAGUAAAGAGCCAGGGAUUGCAACUAGGAUGGAUAAAAAGGGACAGACUGCACUUCACAUGGCCGUCAAAGGACAAAAUCUUGAGGUUGUGGAGGAGCUGAUUAGAGCUGAUCCUUCUUUGAUAAAUAUGGUUGACAACAAGGGCAAUACUGCCUUGCAUAUUGCUGCUCGGAAAGGCAGGGAUCAGAUUGUGAAGUUGCUGCUUGUGCAGAAUGAAACUGACACUACAGUCGUCAAUAGGACCAACGAGACAGCACUCGACACUGCGGAGAAACUGGGACAGGCUGAAAUAGUAACCAUCUUGCAGGAACAUGGUGUUCAAAGUGCUAGAUCCAUCAAGCCACAGGCAACAAAUCCAGCAAGAGAGUUGAAGCAAACUGUAAGUGACAUAAAGCACGGGGUGCACUAUCAAUUGGAAACUACACGCCUAACAAGAAGACGUAUACAAGACAUCGCCAAGCGUGUGUACAAAAUGCAUGCAGAAGGCCUUAACAAUGCAAUCAAUUCUACCACAGUUGUCGCGGUUCUCAUUGCCACAGUAGCCUUUGGUGCAAUCUUUCAAAUCAAUGGUCAAUGGGUCGACGAUCCGGAUGAUAUCCCACCUGAUCAUUCCCUUGGAGAAGCAAAUAUUGGUCCAAAUCCAGCAUUUCUGGUUUUCUUCGUCUUUGACUCGAUAUCCUUAUUCAUCGCUCUUGCUGUUGUGGUUGUCCAAACAACAAUCGUGGUAAUAGAAAGCAGAGCGAAGAAGAAGAUGAUGUCAAUUAUAAACAAGCUAAUGUGGGUGGCAUGUUUAUUUGUUUCAGUGGCUUAUUUGUCUCUAUCGUACGUUGUUGUUGGCGACGAUAAUUUAUGGAUGCCUAUAUUAGUGUCCAUAAUAGGAGCAAGCAUAAUGGCUACAACUAUUGGAACGAUGUGUUACUGGGUCGUUAUGAAUCGGAUAAGGUCCUCGAACAAGAGGAGCAUUCGAAGGAACUCUUUGGCCAGCAGGUCGCGGUCCUGGUCAGCAUCAGUCCUCUCAGAUUCAGAUGCUCUAAACAAUGAAUACAAGAAAAUAUAUGCUAUAUAAACAGUUUUCUGGUGAAUCCAGCCCCAUAUUGUAAUUCAUUUUUUUCUUUUUUCUUUUUUUGUGGGGUGAUGGAAGCCCUUGGCUUUAUCUUCAUGUGCACACUCAAGUUAAAGGUAGUUCUUUACCUCAAGAAGUAUUUGGUUAAUCAUUUUUGCUCUAAGUGACAGUGACUGAAUUGCUCACUAUUCAAUCUCA